AUGGAGGACUCGGACUCGGCGGCGAAGCAGCUGGGCUUGGCCGAGGCGGCGGCGGUAGCUGCGGCGGCGGUGGCCGCAGCAGUGGCCGCGGAAGGAUCCGAGCACCAGCGGGCGGAGGCGGCGGGCUUGGAGGCGGAGCCCGAGGAGGAGGAAGCAGCGGCGCAGGUGACGGCGGUGACCGUGAUGGCGGCGGAUGCCGAACACAUCGAGAUGGGAGCCGAGUCCCUGCCGAGCGCGGACGAGGCUGCUGCCGCCUUUGCAGAAGUGACAACAGUAACGGUAGCCAAUGUGGGUGCCUCUGCAGACAAUGUCUUUACCACAUCGGUGGCAAAUGCUGCAUCUAUAUCUGGACAUGUGCUGUCUGGCAGAACAGCUCUUCAAAUUGGGGACAGCUUGAAUACAGAAAAAGCCACUCUGAUAGUGGUUCACACAGAUGGCAGCAUUGUAGAAACCACAGGGCUGAAGGGGCCCUCUGCACCUCUCACACCAGGUUCUCAGUCUCCUCCCACUCCCUUAACACCUGGUCAAGAAAAAAAUGGCACAAAGUAUAACUGGGACCCAUCAGUGUAUGACAGUGAACUCCCUGUGCGAUGCCGGAAUAUCAGCGGAAUCCUGUAUAAAAACAGGCUUGGUUCAGGAGGCCGGGGCCGAUGUAUUAAGCAAGGGGAGAACUGGUACUGCCCCACUGAGUUUGAAGCCAUGGCAGGAAGAGCCAGCAGCAAAGAUUGGAAAAGAAGCAUCCGCUAUGCAGGGAGGCCACUGCAGUGCCUUAUUCAUGAUGGGAUUUUAAAUCCUCAUGCUGCCUCAUGCACUUGUGCUGCCUGCUGUGAUGACAUGACCUUGAGUGGCCCAGUACGAUUGUUUGUCCCUUAUAAAAGGCGAAAAAAAGAAAACGAGUUGCCUACAACUCCAGUGAAAAAGGACUCUCCCAAAAACAUCACCCUGCUUCCUGCUACCGCUGCUACCACUUUCACCGUGACUCCUUCAGGACAGAUCACUACUUCUGGUGCUCUGACCUUCGACCGUUCAUCAACUGUGGAGGCCACAGCUAUCAUCUCAGAAAGUCCAUCCCAGGGUGAUGUAUUCGCUGGUGCCACUGUUCAAGAUACUACUGUCCAGCAACCUUGCCGUGUCAGUCAUCCAGAACCUCACUAUCCAAGUUAUCAGGACAAUUGUCAGAUUUCACCUUUUCCAGAAGCUGCACUGCCAACUUCCCAUCCCAAAAUAGUGUUGACGUCCCUUCCUGCCCUGGCUGUGCCACCCACUACCCCCACCAAAGCCAUAUCCCCCUCAGUAGUGAAUGGACUAGAGAUGACAGAGCAACGGAGCUGGCUAUACCUGGAGGAGAUGGUCAACUCCUUACUGAACACAGCCCAGCAACUGAAGACCCUGAUUGAACAGGCUAAACAGGCCAGCUCCUCCUUCCGGGAGGCUGCUGUUACUCAAGCGAAAAUCCAAGCCGACGUGGAGAGGAAAGAGCAAUAUCAAAACCAAUUAUUUCAACAAACGGAAGAUGUCGAUGGUAAAACAGAAAUCAUCAUCAAGCAGUCCUGUGUAAACUGUGGUCGGGAGGCAAUGAAUGAGUGCACCGGAUGCCAUAAAGUCAAUUACUGCUCAACUUUCUGCCAGCGGAAGGCAGCCUGCCUGCAUGUUCCAGUGCUGAGCUGUGGUGGUUGUGACGUCACCAGCAGAGAGCAUGCUGGGGCAGUGUACCAAGCAGACCCUGCCAAUCAGAGAGAAGCCGCAGUGGAGGAUUGGAAGGAUCACCAGCACAUGUGCGGUCAGUCAGCCACAGUCACAGUGCAAGCGGAUGAGGUGCACGUCACAGACAGUGUCAUGGAGAAAGUCGCAGUCUGAAAAAUCUACUUCUCUAAGGUCCCAGAAAAGAACAGGGGAAGGUGCUUGGCUGGAUCAGCAAACUGGAUGGGAGCUCAUAUUGUUGGGUGUCUGGAAACUGAACUCUUCUCUUCGGUGAGCUCAUCUUAUGAAGACGCUUGAGCACUGUGACAUCAUUUGCAUUUUGGAGGCCUACACAAAAUCUUAGCAAAGGAGACACUAAAGAUAUGUGAUCUGGGAAAAAUAACUAGAGUUGCUGUUCAGGAGACCACCCUCACUUUAAGGAAUUUUGGACUGUAAAGUUAAGCUUGCAAGACUUUGAAACCCCUCCGUUGCAGAUUACAAUGUUAGAGCCAUUUCUCUUGAGGGUCAUCUACAGUGGUUGGAGUGAAAGUUACGAUGUGCCAGUGUUCCAUUUCACCCCAUGCUACCCUACCUCUCAUUUGAAAAAACAAAUCUUCCUUCAUUUGUUUAAUUUAAUUGUCUUUAAAAACGUACAUCAUAAACUAUAUUCUGUCAUUAGAAGCCCUUUUUCUGACUCAUUUUUUCCUUCAGGGCAAAGUUUUACAUA